AUGAUCCAGCGGCACCAGCUGGUGCAGUCUGUGCUGCAGGAACUUCAGGAAGCUACUGAGUGCUUUGGUCUGGAGGGACUCACCAGUGCUGUGCUGGAGGCUGAGAGGACCCUAUCAUCUUUCUCCUUGCCUGGCUAUUGCGGGAGGCAGCUCCAAGAGGAGCUGGAAGUUGACUGUGUAGCCAGGAGCCUCUAUCCUGAGGAUGCCCCAAGCAACAUGCUGCCUCUGGUUUGCAAAGGAGAGGGGAACCGCCUCUUUGAGGCAGCCAGUGUGCUGCUCUGGGGCAACCCCAGCCUGAGCCUGGAGCUGCAGGUGCGUACGGUGGUGGAGAUGCUGCUACACAAACAGUACUACUUGAAUGGCAUGAUUGACUCCAAAGUGAUGCUGCAGGCUGUCCGCUACUCGCUCUGCACUGAGGAAUCCCCAGAGAUGACCAGCCUGCCCAUGGCUAUCCUAGAGGCUAUCUUUGAUGCAGACAUCAAAGCUACCUGUUUUCCUGGCACCUUUGCCAACAUGUGGCAUGUCUAUGCUCUUGCCUCGGUACUGCAGUGUAACAUCUACUCCAUUUACCCCAUGAGCAACUUGAAGAUACGGCCGUACUUCAACCGGCUCAUCCGGCCCAGGAAGUGUGGCCCACGAACCUCCACACUUCACAUCAUGUGGGCUGGGCAGCAGCUCUCCAGGCAGGUCUUCAAAGCGCAGUACUUUGUGGCUGUGGUUGGCCUGGAAGAGCUAGAACCCACUACCCCUUUGCCAGAACCUCCUGUGCAGCCCAUGAAGACCCUGGAGCUGUUGAACAGUGACCCCCAGCUGACCUACUCCAACCUGCGUGACAGGUACAGUAUUACUAAGAGCACCUUCUACCGCUGGAAGCGCCAGUCUCGUGAGCACCGCCAGAAAGCUGCUGCCCGGUUUGCAGCCAAACACUUUCUGCAGUCCUGCUUUCAAGAGGGCAAUGUAAUCCCCCUCCAGCACUUCCGACAAAUGUUUCCAGAAAUAUCCCGAUCCACGUACUAUGCUUGGAAGCAUGAGAUGCAGAGCAUGGUGAAUGGUGACGCCUCUGCCCUGGCUGAGGCCCAGGGAUUGCCGGAGCUUCACAGGGAUGGCCCAAAAAAGGCUGAUGUGGAUGAGCCAGCAAAUUCAGCUGGAAGCUUAAGAUCUUCAAGUCCUUCUCCAGACCCCAUCCAAACAGGGAUUUUCAUGCAAGGAGCUAAAUCCUACCUGGAAAAAUGCAUUUCCAUGAACACUCUAGUGCCUUACAGGUGCUUCAAGCGCAGUUUUCCUGGCAUCUCCAGGUCCACUUAUUACAACUGGCGAAGAAAAGCGAUCAAGGAGAACCCAAACUUCAAACCUCCCCAGUCUCCCUUGGGUAAUCAGAAACCUCUCGUGAUAGGAAAGCAAAUCCUGCAAUUGAAGCCAAGCAGCUUGCCUGUUAGGAAGAGGUUGAAUGGACACCAGCCAGCACCUAAAAGUCUUCUGCAGCUCAAACCCUCUCUGUGCUGGAGAAAGCGGCUGCGGGAGAUGGCCAAGAAGCAAGUCCAGCAAUGGCAGCUGCCAUUCUACAAGUUCUGCCUUCGGUAUCCUUCUCUCUCCUCCACAGCCUAUUGGUUUUGGAAGGGCAGCAGUAGGGCACGCAAACAACGUCGCCUGCCCUGGACCAGUUCCUGCCAGCCAGUGAAACGGGCUCCUUCCCUGGUGCCUCAGAGAGCCGAGGCCAGCCACAAGCCUCAGGUACAAAUGGAGGUGGCUACCAAGCGUCUAGACAAGCUAGCGCCAGCCACUCCAUACAAUGCCACCAUUUCAGGCUAUGCUGUGUCAGAGAGAGCCAACAGCCGGAUGUUUGUGAUGGAUGUGAUUGCCACUGCCCAGUUCAAGGCACAAGCCAAGCUGUUCCUGCAGCAGCGCUUUGAGUCGAAGACCUUCCCCACCUACAAGGAGUUCAGUGCACGCUUCCCUCUCACAGCCCGCUCCACCUACUACAUGUGGAAGCGUGCGCUGCACGAUGGGCUCACGCUCGUGGAUGCAUGAGCAUGGAUGCGCAGCUGGCUCGGCCACAGCUUCUCUGCUGACAUGUUUUUUGGCUCUCUGGUGGGGUGUCCGGGCCGUAGCCCAGUUAUAGCUUUUGUUCCUGUUUGGUUUGAUUUUGUUUUGUUCCUAGUCUCUGGUUUUCUUUUCUGUGUGGCUUGAUGAGGUAAGAGAGCAUCUGCACAGUGUC